AAUUCCUUCUGUCUACCAUCUUCCAUCUCUGUUCAACACCUCUCAUAAUCCUAUUCGAUAUGAACAAGACUAAGGAAGUAAUCCGUGACUUCAUCGGCAAUUCUGGUCACCAUGAUACUACCGUACAUGAAUCGGUUGAGCCAGCCGUUAAGAAGGAGACCAUCAAGCCAAGGGAACACGAGGAGGUCAACACCGCUGUGAAUAAGGAAAUCCACCAAGAUCAUUAUCACCGCACUGUACAGCCAGUUCAUGAUCAAGAAAUCCUCCCCGAGCAGCACCAGCACAAAAUCGGGGCGGUCCAACAUCGAGACUAUGACCACAGGGACCACGACACCACAAAGAGGGCGUUGGCCGCCGAGAGUGAAAAGUUCAGAGACGAACAAGUCGUCCAUGGUACCAAACACACCCAAAGUCAUGCCCCUACAGUCCAGGGAGAGCAUGUUCACCAUCAUGUCCACGAGACAGUACAGCCUGUGCUUCACAAAGAAACAAUUCAGCCUAGCGUAGUCCAUACUACGGUGCCAAUUCACGAGACUCACCACAAUCCUGCUCAGCACCACUCUACAACCUCCUUGCCUCCGGUCAGCGCAGAAGAAUACCGACAGCACGGAGGCGCGUUAGCUGGGGAAAAGGAGCGCUUUGAUGCUUUCGAAGGCGAGCCAAAGACUAUUCGAGGGACUCUCGAGACCAUGCACGAGAAGGGUACUGGUCUCAACAACCCCCCGGAUGGCGUUUUUCAUGGGGAUUUUGACCCCCUAGAUGGAGGCCGAGACCACCAAGUAUCUGGCGGGUCAAAGACUGGUCGGGCUUCUACUAUAGGCGCAGGCGCAGGUGUAAAUCAAGGCAUGUCCAACCAGUCUUCUGCUCAGAGGGAAUAUCGCGAUACUGCUAGAGUGACAUCGGGUAAUCUGGAAACAGAACGCCACUCCAACGCUUCCAGAACUACGGGAACCGCGAAGGAGCAACCGAGCCUUUUGAACAAGUUGAAUCCCAUGACAGAUUCGAACGGGGAUGGAAAGGCUGGAUUUAUGAAAUGAUAGUAACGAAUUGGAGAAUUAGUUAACGGUAACGAAGGGGUACCUAUGUGUGGAGAUUGGGUUAACUCGAAGCAAAGGACAUGUUAUAUUAACUCAAUACAAUAAUAACUGCAGC